AUGAGUGUGCCGUUCACCCUGCGGUCGGCUCUGGGGCCGUGCCGUGCGGCUUCCCGAUCCCACUCAGGAAGAGAAUUGUUUUCUUCGAAGUAUCUUGUGGUGCAGAAACGACAGAUACCCCACCUCACCUACCAACACAGCGAGCAUGACCUGCCUUCGCUUGCACGAUGGCCACAGAUUACGAGAAGAACCGCGAGCAGUGCCUCUACUCCGUCCAGUGUACCCGCUAUCCCAUAUUCCUCGCUGACGGUAGGAGUCCCGCGCGAGACCUGGCCCAACGAGCGUCGCGUAGCCGUCACACCACAGAACGUUACUCUACUCUUGAAGAAGGGCUUCUCGCGCGUCCUGGUGGAGCGUGGGGCGGGCGGACAAGCCCAGAUCCUUGAUCAUGCCUACGAACAAGCCGGUGCCACCUUGGUCGACAGGGGUGCUCUAUGGUCCGAAAGUAAUAUCGUCUUGAAAGUCCGUAGUCCCCGACAGGAGGGCCCUAUAGACGAGGUCGAGGCUCUCCACCAGGGAAGUACGGUCGUCUCGUUCCUGUAUCCUGCCCAGAAUAAGCCGCUUGUAGAGGCGCUCGCUUCGCGUGGAGUUACGUCUUUCGCUAUGGAUAUGAUCCCUCGGAUUUCCCGUGCCCAGACAUUCGAUGCCCUCAGCUCUAUGGCCAACAUUGCCGGUUACAAGGCUGUGCUUGAGGCAUCGAACCAUUUUGGUCGCUUCUUGACGGGUCAAGUUACUGCUGCUGGUAAGGUUCUCGUGAUUGGUGCCGGUGUGGCUGGUUUGAGCGCUAUUGCUGCGGCUCGUCGUUUAGGUGCCAUUACCCGCGGAUUCGACACACGCUCUGCCGCUCGUGAACAGGUCCAGUCUCUAGGUGCCGAGUUUAUCGAGGUCGACAUUCAAGAAGAUGGCGCUGGCCAGGGAGGAUAUGCCAAAGUGAUGUCCAAGGAGUUCGUUGAAGCCGAGAUGAAGCUAUUCAUGGAGCAGUGCCGUGAAGUGGAUAUUAUCAUCACGACUGCUCUGAUCCCGGGGAAACCGGCACCGAAACUUAUCACCAAAGAGAUGCUUGCUGCCAUGAAACCUGGUUCAGUAGUUGUUGAUCUGGCGGCCGAGGCUGGAGGAAACUGCGAAGCAACGGUUCCUGGACAAUUGGUGAACUAUCACGAUGUGACAGUUAUUGGAUACACGGAUUUCCCCUCGCGCCUGCCGGCUCAAGCUUCGACAUUGUAUUCAAACAAUAUCACCAAGUUUCUUCUAUCCAUGGCUCCACAAGACAAGUCCUUUGGAGUUGAUCUAUCGGAUGAGGUCGUGCGCGGCUCAAUUGUCACUCUCAAUGGCGAGAUUCUCCCUCCAGCUCCGCGGCCAGCACCGCCACCUGCACCGAAACAGACAGCUGCCGCUGUUCCAGACAAGGAACAGACUGCGCUGGCUCUCACCCCCUGGCAAAAAGCUACUCGCGAUGUCGCAGCUGUCACCGCCGGUAUGGGAACUGCUCUUGCUCUAGGAAAAGCCACUGGCCCUGCUUUUAUGGGCAAUAUGAUGACUUUCGGAUUGGCUGGUCUGGUUGGAUAUCGAGCUGUUUGGGGUGUUGCUCCAGCUCUUCACUCUCCGUUGAUGAGUGUCACGAAUGCAAUUUCAGGCAUGGUUGGCAUUGGCGGACUCUUCAUCAUGGGCGGAGGCUAUAUGCCUACAACUGUUCCAGAGGGUCUUGGAGCAGCCUCGGUCCUUUUAGCCUCCACAAACGUAGCUGGAGGCUUCGUCAUCACGAAGCGCAUGCUGGACAUGUUCAAGCGCCCUACCGAUCCGCCUGAAUAUCCGUGGCUCUACGCGAUUCCAGCUGUCGUAUUUGGCGGCGGCUUUAUAGCAGCGGCCAGCACAGGAAUGGCUGGCCUGGUCAGUGCCGGCUAUCUCGUGAGCAGUCUUCUGUGUAUCAGCUCAAUCUCGGGUCUUGCGUCUCAACAAACUGCUCGUCGAGGAAACAUUCUGGGUAUUCUGGGCGUUGCUUCCGGCAUCCUUGCAUCGCUUGCAGCUGUUGGCUUCUCGCCAGAAGUUCUUGCUCAAUUCACAGCAAUGGCUGGUGCAGGUGCUCUUGUUGGCGCUUUGAUUGGGCGUCGGAUCACGCCGACUGGCUUGCCCCAGACCGUUGCUGCUCUUCAUUCAGUUGUUGGUCUGGCUGCUGUCCUCACGAGUAUCGGAAGCGUGAUGGCCGACAUUGCUGAUAUCUCAACAUUGCAUAUGGUGACUGCGUAUCUUGGUGUUUUGAUAGGUGGUGUCACCUUCACCGGAUCCAUUGUGGCCUUCUUGAAACUUGCUGGCCGCAUGUCGUCCAAACCCACAAUCCUUCCUGGUCGUCAUGUAAUCAACUCAGCCCUACUUGGAACAAAUAUGGCAACAAUGGGAGCUUUUAUCUCAAUGGGGCCCGCGUCUCCAAUCAUCGCGGCGACCUGCCUAGGUGCGAAUACGGUACUAAGUUUCUUGAAAGGCUACACCACAACCGCUGCUAUUGGAGGAGCUGACAUGCCUGUUGUCAUCACCGUUCUAAAUGCCUACUCUGGGUUUGCUUUGGUUGCAGAAGGUCUCAUGCUGGACAAUCCACUUCUCACAAGCGUAGGAUCACUCAUUGGCGUGAGCCGCUCAAUCUUAUCGUACAUCAUGUGUGUUGCUAUGAAUCGGUCCCUUACAAAUGUCCUCUUCGGUGGAAUUGCAGCUCCUCAACAGACACAGAAAAAGAUUGAGGGACAAAUCACUCAAGCCACCAUAGACGAUACGAUAGAAACGCUUGCAAACGCAGAGAGUGUGAUUAUAGUUGUCGGGUAUGGUAUGGCCGUGGCCAAGGCACAAUACGCCCUGGCGGAGAUAGUGCGAAUGCUACGCGCUAAAGGCGUCAAAGUACGAUUUGCUAUUCACCCAGUCGCUGGUCGCAUGCCCGGACAAUGCAAUGUUCUCCUUGCCGAGGCCUCAGUGCCAUACGACAUCGUCCUCGAAAUGGACGAGAUCAACGACGAUUUCCCAGAUACAGACGUCACCCUGGUGAUAGGCGCAAACGACACUGUCAACCCCAUUGCCUUGGAGCCCGACUCGUCAAUCUCAGGCAUGCCCGUCCUGCACGCAUGGAAGAGCAAGGAGGUCAUCGUGAUGAAGCGCGGCAUGUCUAGUGGAUAUGCUGAUGUCCCGAACCCCAUGUUCUUUAUGCCCGGCACGAAGAUGUUGUUUGGAGACGCAAAGACUUCCUGUGAUGCCAUCAAAGCUGGACUUGAGGCACGCAAGUAG